CCGAGCCGCUUGCAAACGAGCAGGGUUUUUGGGGGGUCUGCUUUAUUUUUAAGGGGGAAGCGGUCGGAAGGUGGCGGCGGGGGCCCGUCUCCGGCCGCGCGUAUGCGGAGGGGGCUCUGCGCGCCCUCGCCCUGCCCGCGGUGCAGUUAAGAUGCGCCCCGGACGCCGUGCGGUUGCAGCGCCGCGGCGCUGACAUCUCUCACCAUGGACAGCUUCGACUUAGCUCUCCUUCAGGAGUGGGACCUGGACUCUCUGUGUGUCUAUGAGCCAGAUAGAAAUGUGCUGCGAAGGAAAGAAUGGGAAAGGAGAAAUCAGGAGGCCCAGCAGGAGGAUGGAGCAUUUAACACGAGUUACUCCCUCUUCAGUGAACCAUACAAGACUAACAAGGGGGAUGAGCUCUCGAAUCGCAUCCAGAAUACACUGGGCAACUAUGAUGAAAUGAAAGACUUGUUAACUGACCGAUCAAACCAGAGCCACCUUGUUGGGGUUCCAAAAUCUGGGAUUCCUCAGAUGUCUCUCCCCAGGCCUGAUGAACAUCUUAUGGCAGACUCGAGACCGCCGCCUCCUCCUCCCAUUUCCAGCACUACUUCUUCCACACCAGCAGUCCUAUCUGCCCAGCAAAGCAAAAGCACCACAAUGGGUUGGCAGAAGGCUGGGCACAGUGCCCCUUCAGAUGGCCAACAGAAAGCAAGCAAGCAUGGGCACCGGUCGCUGGAGUCACACAAGAGUGACUUCAAACUUGCGAACCCAAAAUCCAGUCUGGAUAAACUAAAACGCUAUGCAUCGAGUCCCACUUCCUCCUCCUCCUCCUCCAAUGCUUCCCAGCAAAGCUCACUGAGGGCCACACUAGGAGACAACGUCAACAGGUUGCAGCAGCCAGCAAAGCUCAAUUGUAGCUCAGAAGGAGGAGCUCAAGUGCAAGAAAGGCCAGCAAAACAUGGUGGCGGCCACUGCGUCCAAAACUUCCCACCCUCUCUUGCUUCAAAGCCCAGUCUGGUUCAGCAGAAACCAACAGCUUAUGUAAGGCCAAUGGACGGUCAAGAUCAGGCUCCUGAUGAGUCUCCAAAGCUGAAGUUACAAGCAGAGACAACCAAGUCGUAUAGGGGAGUGCCUUCUAACAAGCCUGAUUCAGCCAGGACCAAGUCAAAGACAGCCAAGUUCAACAUUCCUAAGCAAGAAGGGGACAGUGGAGCUGGGGAUAACAGCUGCGUUGAAGAAAUAUUGCGGGAGAUGACCCAUUCAUGGCCUGCUCCAUUGUCAGCUAUUCACACACCAGGAAAGGCAGAACAAAGCAAAUUUUCCUUCCCAAACAAGGAGUCACAACAGGGAUCUACAGGACACGGCAAUACAAGGAAAAGUGAUGUAGAACCAAAGAGUCCAGAGAAAAGCGCAACCCAUACAUCAAUGCUAGAAGAUGACCUCAAGUUAAGCAGCGAUGAAGAAGAGAAUAACCAGCAGGCAGCACAGAGAUCUGCUCUCCGCGUUCUAUCUGACAGCCUGGUGGUGCCGCAGUCCAACGCCCGAGCCUCGGGACUCUCCAGCAAGGGGUCAAGCAGCAGCAGCUCCAGUGAAUCCGAGACCAGCUCAGAGUCUGACUCAGAGAGCGAAAGCAGCUCCAGUGAGAGUGACGGCAGCAAGCCCUCCCAUUACUCCAGUCCAGAGCCCGAGCCACCCUCAUCCAACAAGUGGCAGCUGGACAAGUGGCUGAAUAAAGUCACCCCACACAAAGCACCCAUCCUGACCCACCAUGACGGCCCAGCGCUGGAGGCCCAUCCUUACUACAAUCGUGUGAAGGCAGAACAGCAGGAAAGCGAGAAGACCCCAGCCACCGGCCCAGCCGAGCACCGCAGCGGGGAGGUCCGUGCCACCACCACCACCGCCGCCGCCGCCGCCACCACCGGGGACGGACUGCGGCCCAGGACCGCCAACAAAGCACCGGGCAGCAAGGGCAGCCGGCAAAAGUCACCCCCUGCGGCCGACGGUGGGCCUGCAAGGCGGGCGGCGGGGAAGAAGGCACCGCGGCGGGCCGAGAGGACCUCUGCCGGCGACGGCCCCCACUGCCCCAGCGCGGAGGAGCCCCCCGGGAGCCACAGCUUUGUGGAGAGCACUGCUAGCGAGGCACCGAGGGCCCGGCCUGGCACCAGCAGCACCAACAACAGUGGCUGCAGAGCGGGGCACCGCCGGGAGCCCCGCCCGGCUGCAACCAGCGAGAAGCGCCGGGCGCGGGGGCCAAGCAAAACGGCGCCCAAGUCCAAGGAGUUCAUCGAGACCGAGUCUUCAUCCUCAUCAUCCUCCUCUGACUCGGGCUCCGAGUCGGAGCGGGAGGAGCGCCCGCUGCCCAAGGUGCCCGUGGCAGCCGGGUCCGAGCCGCGCACCAAGGACGCGGGGACCAGCGCCGCCAGCAAACCCCAUGGUGGCUGCAGUGCCUUUGGCUCCAUUAAUGCCAGGACUAGUAGUGAAAUAGCAAAGGAGCUGGAGGACCAGUUUUACACCCUGGUUCCUUUCGGUAGGAAUGAGCUCCUGUCUCCUCUGAAAGACAGUGAUGAGGUAAAGUCACUGUGGGUCAACAUUGACUUGGCUCUUUUGUCCAGGAUUCCAGAGCGUUUGCCUGAAGAGCCACUGGCCAUGAGCGCUGGAGCAAACCAGGCGGCCAGCCUCCCGCAGGGUAGUAGUGCUGACCCCCCCGCAGAGAAGGGUUUACCGAAAUCUAGAAGGAAACGCAAGUGUGAGAAUGAGGAAGAGUGCAGAGACAUCAAGAAGGCUCACUUAGAGCGAGAGAGUUCUUCACGAUUAGCUGCCUCUGCCCACAGCAUCGCAACAGCAAAUCACUGCAAUAUGAACGAAAAUAGCUUGGCAAUACCAAUAAAUAAAAAUGAGAAAAUGCUUCGGUCACCCGUCUCUCCCCUCUCUGAUGCAUCAAAACACAAAUACUCCAACGAUGAUUUAACUUCCUCCAGCAGACCUAAUGGCAGUAGUCUAUUACCUUCCAUCUCCUCCAGCAAAAAACAUAAGAGUGAAAUCCAGUCGCAGCCACAUCCUGAAGACUUCAAUAAAGCAGUUCACAUCAAUUCAGAAAAUGCUCUUCUCUGCAAUAAGCCACAGUCUCAAACAGAGCCUUGGUCACCUCUGUCCAGCACACCCAGGGACUGCAGAAGGACAAAGCUUACCUUUGAUGAUAUGCCACGCAAUGCAGAUUACUUUAUGCAGGAAGCUAAACGGAAGAAGCAUAAAGCAGAUGCAAUGGUACUUCCUUUCACUCCUUGACUCUGUAGGGAUCCUGGAGGAAAUGCCAUAUUGUCAAUGUGCCUCCAGGCACUUUGAAUCACUUUGCUGGGUCUGAUACUUCCUACUUUGGCACUGCAGUACCUAACAUAGGCACUUAGAGUGCACAGCCUGAAAAUUACUCUAAGCCUCUCUGCUCCUUAGUUCCCCGUCUGUGAAAUUGGGAUAAUAGCACUUCCACCCGCACAAGAGCGUCAGGGAGAGAAAUAUAAUAAAAAGUUUGUGAAGUUCUCCAGUAUGAUCGCAAUGGGAGUCAUAUAAGAACCUAAAAUAGAUUGAAGCCAGUGUGCCAUUCCGAAGUUGCUAUUUAAAAUCUUUAUCCCUUGGAAAAGAAUAAGGUCCAUUAACCUUUCACUGUGUGCAUCAGAUUUCAACCAAAUGCAUCCAGUCCAUUAAUGGGCUUUAUGUACCGCAGGAGUUCUGACUGAAGGAAAAAGAAAGCAGGACAGAGGUAUUAGUAUGAUUCAUCUCUAUCCACAUAAAAAAUGAAAUUCUGAGAGCAGAUUAAGUGGUAUGUAAGUGUACACAUAUGAACAUUAUGUGCACAUUUACAUACACACCGUCAUUGAGGACGUAUAUGCAUGUACAUCCAUACAAGUAUGCAAAUACACACAAACUGAGUUAAAGUAGUAAUGAAAAUAAAGAAAUGGGGCAGAAUGGCAUAAAUAAAGAAGGAGGAAAAUAAAGAAAUGGGCAGGAUGACAUAAAUAAAGAAGGAGGAUGGCAUAAGAAGCUGCAGGAGCAAAGCAGUCCCUGAAAGAGCAGGAGGAUUUAGAAAGGAAAAUCCUGAAAGAGGAGAGUGUGGUCAAGCAGGGCUGACAAUGGUAGGGAUAAAAAAGACAUGAGAACAGAGAUAAGCCUUUGAGUAAGAGUUAGUAGUAUUUAAGUAUUUAAUUCUCGUUCUCUUAGUUCAAGAUAAUCACCUUUCUUUGCUCACUGAUGAUGAAAAUCUACAUUUUCAAAGAUAUGUGAAAUGCUUUUUAAUGAAAGCUGAAACAAAAAGCCUGAGGAUGGAAUUUCCAGCACUGGAAAAGCCUUGACAAACAUCUUCAGGAAUGUCCUAGGCAGAGUUGAUCCUUUGUUAGGUGCAAGAGUGUGGGCAUAAUAACAUCUUGUAGCCUUUUCUAGUUCUACUUUCUGUAUCUUAUGAUUUUCACUGAUGCAUACCGUGUGAUGGAUUUUAAGUUUCUCAUAGGAAAAUUUGUGAACCUGAAGAUGUACCAACUUGUGUCAAGUUUACAAUUCAUGUUGUGAAAAUGCCAUCAAAUGUAACCAUAUCUUGAUGAUUACACUAUUUCUCUGUGUCC